AUGGUCCUAACUGACAUCACAAGCUUUCUACAAUCUAUGGGUAAAAAUCUUGAUGAUUUCGAUCUUCCAAAGAUAAAUGUAGAUACUAACUUAGAAUUUGGAAGUUUUCGUGAGGUACAAGAGGAAUACUCCAUAGUUGUGGAAGACGAACAUUUACGUGCCCGGGAAUCCCUUAAUUUUGACCAAAAAUACGCAUAUGAUGAGAUCAUGAAGCACGUAGACGAUGAUCGUUCAGGAGUAUUCUUCAUAGAUGGUCCAGGGGGGACUGGAAAAACGUAUUUGUACAAAGCAUUGCUUGCCAACAUUCGUUCUCGUGGUCUCAUUGCUCUUGCCACUGCUUCUUCAGGUGUUGCAGCUAAUAAUAUGCCUGGGGGGAGAACAGCUCACUCYCGAUUUAAAAUUCCCCUUAAUCUUGAUAACAACUCCAUGUGCAACAUAAAAAAACAAAGCGGGACUGCUAAAUUGCUACGGGAUGCGAAGAUAAUCAUUUGGGACGAAGCGUCAAUGGCUAAGWGGCAGGCUGUGGAGGCACUUGAUCGAACAAUGCAAGACAUCACAGGGGUGACACUACCAUUCGGUGGAAAAAUAAUGGUUAUGGRAGGUGAUUUUAGACARGUCUUACCGGUCGUGAGACRUGGAACCCGAGCACAGAUUAUUUUCUAUUACGAGUGGGUGAUGGAGAUGAAGAAAUGA